AUGUCGCAGAGAGACUAUAUGAUAACGGUGGCUUGUUUCCUGUGCCUGGCCAUUGUGUUUCAACUCAUAUCAUUAGUAUGGAAUUUUGUCACAUUCUGUGCGUGCUGCUGCAAAAAGUACAUCAUCCACCCGUUGAUAGGAUUAUCCUUCCUCACCACCGUGUUCCUCUUUGUUGCCGUGAUCGUGUACGUGGUGGCGCAGAACGAUGCUCAUGACCGUCAGUUCAUCGAUUACCGAAAUGACGAGUAUGGCUACUCGUUUUGGUUGGCAGUGUGCGCUCUGAUACUAGCAGCUAUCGAUACGAUCGUGGCAGGAUUGACAGUGUGUCUGGGAACUCGAGGGCUCUGA